AUAAGCGACGAGAUCUUGCACACCAUGACCAAGUACGUCUGAGUUAAUUUAUCCUGAACAUAGGCACACAUGCCCCGUGGACACGUGUAACAUUCUACUCUCAUUCCCCUAGACAGUUGGAGGAUUUUCAUUAUGUUUAUCUUUGGUGGUUCGGAGCACAGUAAAAACUGUCAUAUCGACCCGGCUUUGUACUUUGUGAAAGUUUGAUUCUUUGGAUAUUACUUUUGGAAUAUUAAACAUUGAUGUUCGGCUGCUGCUUGUAUAGGCCGAGGCCUGACAGCAUUGACUCAUCAUGUUACUACGUGAAACCCAAGGUUAUGCGAGCCAAAGAUGAGCAUCCAAAGACCCAGAGGCUGACCCAAAAGGGUAUGGUCAUUAAUAAACUGGCCACUCAUGUGCCAGAUCUCGUACUCGCCCGUUCACAAACAACGAGACUACCAUGCAGCCAAAAAUUUGAAGGGGUACUUAUGUUUGCUGAUAUCUCAGGUUUCACUGCCUUAUGCGAGCGAUACAGCAUGAGUUCACGAUCAGGUUGUGGUACGGACCGUCUUUCUCGAACUCUUAAUGACUAUCUCGGAGAAAUAGUAGAGAACAUCCUGGGCACGGAGGGAGACGUCCUCAAGUUUGCAGGUGAUGCUUUUCUAGCCUUAUGGAAGGUGACUAGAGCAAACAUGGAUCACAUCCUAACACGUGUCAUCAAGUGUGGUCUUCGUAUCCAGGAUAGAUGUGAUAACUGGGACACGGAGGUUGGCGUCAAACUCAGAGUAAAGAUAGCUCUGUCCAUCGGACCUGUCAGAGUCACGACCAUUGGCAAUGAAGGAUGCAUACACUUUGUCCUGAGUGGUCCAGCAGUACUCGAGGCAAACAUUGCUGAAAAGUUUGCUCUAUCAGGCGAUGUCAUCCUCUCUCCAAAAGUUUGGGCCUACUGCCCUGACCAUGAUCUUAUCGAUCAUACCUUCAAAUCAGAUGACAAACACAUUGCGGUGACAGCGUAUCAUCGUCGUAAAUCCAUUGAACCUGGUAAAGGUACGAAAGCAUCUUCAAGUCUUCCAGCCAAUCAACGUCAGCGUGGGGCGGGAGGUAAAGUCCCUCUAAGAGAUGAGAGAUUUACAGGAUGGAGGCGACUAUCAACUGGAGCUUAUCUUCUACAGAACCAGGCUGCCAAUGCUCGUAUGGGAGUUCCCAAACCUUCAAUGACGGGUGCUAUGUAUGGUGAUGCUGAUAUCACUGAUUCAGCAGUUGAACAAGACGCUCGUGGUAGACAGAGACCAGCCGUGUUUGUUUCACCGACAGAUGACGAGAAAGCUCGUUUGCGGAAGUACAUUAUCAAGCCCGUUCUUCAGAAGAUUGACGAUGACAUGCCCCUUGAGUACUUAUCAGAGAUGCGUCAAGUUUCUGUGGUAUUCAUCAACCUUAUCUUUAAAAGUGGCGCCGACAUUGAUGAAAGUGACAGUCUUCAAGAUGCUUUCAACGUCAUAUACGAUAGUAUGCUUGCCUUUGAAGGUUGUCUUAAUAAAGUCUUCAUGUUUGAUAAGGGGUGCACAUUCUUAGCCAUCUUUGGUCUACCAGGCUACAAACAUGAAGAUGAUUGCGCUCGUGCUCUAAGAUGUUCUUAUCGUAUGAUUGAACUUUUGAAAGGAACAAACAACAUCAUCCAAGCAUCAAUUGGCGUCACAACAGGUGCUUCAUUCUGUGGCGUAGUUGGUCAUGUACAUAGACAUGAAUACACAGUAAUCGGACGUAAAGUGAACAUGGCUGCACGAUUAAUGAUGCACUACCCAAAUAAGGUGUCAUGUGACUCAGAAACAUUCCAUCAUUGUAAACAACCUCGUGCUUUCUUCCAUGAGCUUCCUCUUCGAGAGAUGAAGGGUGUCAGUGAUGCAGGUGUCAUUCAUGAGUACAUCGAAGGCGAUGAGCGCCGUGUCUCAACUGGUUUCAAUGCCGUGUCAAUACCAGAAUACGAGUAUCCUCUGCUCGGUCGAGAUAAAGAGAUGGCCGUCUUUAUGCGUGAGCUUGAUCUUCUUCACCAGCAGAGAAAACGGGGCGAUCAUCGGCGGAUCAUUGUCUUCCAAGGUGACCCUGGAAUCGGCAAGAGUCGUAUGAUGGAUGCAGCUAUCACGGCAGCUAUCAAAGAUGAUUACACUGUUGUGCCACUAGCACUGACCUUGAAUGAUUCUGGUACUCCAUACUACGUGGUCAAGCUCCUUAUCGCCAUCCUACUCGAGAUGGAAGAUUGUGCUAGUCAUGUUGAAAGGGAGCACUCUGUCAUUCAACAUGUCAAAGAAGAGAAACUACGUGAGGAUCUUUGUCUACUCAACGAUCUCUUAGUUCUCAAGUUCCCUACAAACCCACGAUGCCUUCACAUGACCAGUGAGCAACAGACAAAGGCAUUGCACAGACUAUUAGUACAGAUCGUCAAUCAGUCUACCUCCGAUCAGUCUGUCAUAUUCGCUAUUGAUGAUGCGCAUUAUAUCGACAACGAGUCCUGGGACUUCCUGUCUCACCUUGCCUCUAGCAACUCAUCAGCAACUCUCUUACUCACCAUGCGUCCUUUCUCAGAUGUUCAGCUCUGUCCUACAGCUAUGGCUAUCCUUAAUGAUCAGAAGUGCUAUCAUAUCAAGUUAGGACCGCUGAGUAAGAACUGUAUGGCUGCCUUGGCUUGUCAACUCAUGGAUGUUGUCCAAGUGCCAGAAGAACUCGUCAAGAUUCUUCAAGAGAAGAGUCACGGCAUUGCUUCAUGGUGUGAGCAGCUUAUCCGUGAGAUGUUCUCGAGUGACAAACUUCAGUUAGUACCUCGCCGCAGUCCUGAAGCUAAUAAACUGGUCGGUCAGAUCAUGCCUGAUCACUCUGUACUCCAGAAACGAAGAGAGAGUAGUAGCAGCAGCUAUUCAGGAAGGCUUCCUAGAAGUCGAAGAGCAAGCGUCGAUGAGCCUGGACCCGUUGUUCAGCUUCCAGCCGAGAAUAUGAGGAGACUUCAACAGUUAGAUCAGGGUAUAGAGGAAGAUCAAGGAGAGGCAGAUACCAGUGUGGUGUGUAUUGUCGCACCCGGUGUACAACUACAAGACCUUGAAAUACCAGUCUCAAUGAAAGGUAUCAUCGUGUCUCGUAUUGAUCGCAUGAAACCCACUCAGCAACUCAUCGUCAAAUGCGCCUCAGUACUCGGCAUGACAUUCUCUCGUCGGAUGCUGGAAGCCAUCUUACCUCAUAACACCAUAUGGCGAAAGGCAAUCCUACGUAAAGCUAUCCAUGCACUAAUGUUGGCAGGAAUCUUUGAGUGUGCUAUGUACUUCCACGAUACUCACCAUACCUCAAAGAUGAGAAGCAUGCUAUGUGCAGUGGUUUCGCAUUCCCAUGGGCAUGGUCAUCGCUUCAAUACAAGAGUUGAAUGUCACUGUGAUGGCUUUGCACCGGAACAUAGUUCUCAUCCUGAAAUAACAAACUGCAGAAAUUUGCGUUUCGUAAGUGCGCUCCUGCAGGAGACUCUGUACGAGAUGCUCCUGCUCGACCAACGCAAGAAACUCCACCGUCUCUCUGCUCUCUUCCUGGAGUCUUUCGCACAUCGAUGUGACUCGUGUGGAGGUGGAGAAUUCUUGGCUGGACAUCAGGAGACUGAGGAAGAGACUGAGCAAGAAGAAGGGGAAGGUGAUGAUAAUAAGAGCGGAAAGGAAUCAUCAAUUAACGGCGUGCCAAAAGAUGAGCCCACAGGCGGCGACAAAGGAGGGGCUACUUCAAAGAUCAGUACUGAAAAUGAAACAUCGAAGAAAACCGAGACGACAGCCUUGAACGUCAUCCAAGGGUUCCGAGGUCGAAACCAGUCAAUGGUUCAACCCUUGUUAGAGAGCGAAGAGACAGAAAACAAAGAUGGCGUUGAUGAUGAGAGGACAACGCAUCAUGUCGAGGAGGGAGAUGAAGAUGAUUUCUCAGAUGAUGAUGAUGAUGAUGAUCAGGGACUAAACAAGUUCGGUACCGGACGCCGUAACACCAUCAGUCUCCGUAAGGGUUCGGUGGACAGUACUCUUAGCAUUAUAAGUUUUGAUGAGAAAGAUGAAUCAAAGGACAAGAGUGUCAACCGGACACACCGGGCCAGCAAGCUUGGUAUGGAGUUUGAUAGUCUAGAUCUCCGAGAAUGCAGCUGUGCAGACGUUCUGAACUCCAUCCUAUCUCAGAUAGUGAGACAUUGGAGAGCAGCAGGCAACACUGCCAAGACCAUCUAUUAUUUGCUAGAGGCUGGAGCUGCCGCAGUCGCUACAGGCAACAACAUGCAGGCUAUGUCAUAUCUACACGAAGCCAUGCACUUCAUUAGUGAGCUUGAUGAAGGCAAGAAACCAUUAGCUGAAGAUCCUAAAGAACCACAUGAGAUCAUCAUCAAGACACAAGAGAGAGCCAUCAUUGAGAGGAUGAUUGGACAGACGAUGUUUCGGAUGGGUCGAGUAGAAGAAUCUAUACCUCACUUCUAUCGAGCUUUGACCGUACUUCAGAAUGAGCAACCACGUAGUAGGACUGGUGUAUGGGCUAGUGUCAUCAGGGCUGGUUUCAAGCAAUUCAUGCAUCUCUCUUUCCCCACCAGACUCCACGGCAGAAUCAGUUCCAGUAAUUGGAAUCGGUUUAACGAGCAAGCCAGAUGUCUUUCUCACCUGUGGUACUUUCACCACAAUAAUCGUGACUUCAUGCAGGCACUUUUGGCAGUAUUACAGCAGAUGAAUAGAUCAGAAGCAGCCAAUAAUGAUCUCAGUGAGGUUAUUAGGUCAUAUAGCAACAUGAUGGAAACAUGUCAUUCCUACCACUGGAGAAAAAUGGGACGACGCUAUGAACAAAUCGCUAUGCAAAGAUGCGUUUCAUCUCCACGAGAAGUAGGAGCAGAAGAGCUAGCAGUUAUCAGCCAUCUGUACUGUGUUAGCAUGAAAAUACGACUCGCUCAGGGCAAGAUUCAAGGUGCCAUUGACACAGGAUACAGCGCUCUGAAAGUAGCUGAAAAGCUUCAUGAUAAUGAGAUGGCAAUUCAAGUACUACCUACCCUUGUCAGAGCCCUGAUGAUUGCUGAAAGAACGUCAUCAGCAAUUGAGAAACUCAAAAAGUUGGACUAUGCCGCCGCUGAAGAAGAAGAUGUACUCGGUAAGGGACUCUACAAUAACGGAUGCAUAGAUCUUGCUUUAGAGACAGGUGUAUCUUUAGAGAGUCAUGACGCUCUCACUCAGUUCUGUCGACAUGCAGCCAGUGAUUCAGCUUUCUCCAUCAAUACUGUACCACGGUUCCAUCUCAUGGCUUGCCUGGCUGUAUGGUGUGCUCGUCAGGGUCGAUACGAGAUGACCAAUGAGUGGUUGGUUUCAAUGGAAGUUCUGAUUCCUGUUCAUCCAACCUGCUUCCUUGCCAUAGAUGGUCUUCUUAAGCUAGCCGAAUGUCACCUUAUCAACUACUACAACUGCUUCAAGAGUGCCUACCAAAGUACUAGAGAAAGAUCUCGUGUUAAAGCAAAAGAGAUUCUUGAUCAUCUGAAAGCUGAGAUGAAGCUCUUUCCAGUCUUCCUCCCUCGGUUACUGCACAUGAAGGCUUACUACGCCAUGCUAUUAGGUAACAGAAGGCUAGCUAAGAAGCUCCUCACCAAGUGUCUGAAGGAAAGCGAGAAGAUGAGCAACCUGAUGGAGCAGAAGUGGGCUCAACAGAGUUGGGAUUCUUGGGCUGACACGACUGAAGAGAAUGUAAAGAGACAGGAAGGAUUGUGGCUGGCUAGGUCUGCAGAUGAUUCCACCGGUAAAGGAGGUGCAUCUGAUAUUGAACCGGUCAAGUUUCUCUUGCCUUUCUCUCGACCAGAAGCAAAUUGAUUGACGAUCUUUAGGGCGUUUCAUAAAGAAUAUAUACAAGUGUGGUGAUUAUAUGAUUAUAGGGCUCAUCACACAAUCAUAUUAUAUCAAAGUUUCUAUGAUACUUAUAGUUACCAUCACACUAUAAUCAAAUCAAUGUGUCUAUGGUAGUUGCCACACACACUUAUCAAAUUCUAUAUAUCAUGGUUACCACACUGGCUGAGUUACCAUAAUCAUAAUUUCUUUAUGAAACGAGACCCCGAUCCCUACACCUUUUUAUCAAAGGCGGUGCUUGCUGACUCUUCAUUCCUUAUGGUUAACUGUGAUUUAGUUCUAAUAAGUGGUUGUCCAGUGACAUCCAUAUCAAUUUAAUAAAAUUUAAACAGUUAAUUGACGUAUUUUACAUUGGUUCAGAGACUUUUGCAGUGUUAUUUUAUGCUUAGAUUUGUCAAAUUGUUGUGUUUGAAUUUGAAUCGUUGCUGGAAACGUUACUGGAAAAUAGUUACGUCUUGAUGUCAAAAUGAUUGCACAAUCUGAAUGGUUGGUCUUUGAAUGAUUCACUAAACAAUAUGGUUGUUAAGGCUUGCGGCCUCAUGUUUUGAUAAUUAUAAUUUUAGGUUUUAUAAUGAGAAUGCAGGAAUUUGUUAUAUGUAUGAAAUGGAUGCAGUCCUAAAACUCUUUCCAUCGCAUUGUAAAUAUAGUCGCUUUCCGAAUUGUAAGAUUGUUAUUAAAGUAUUUAUGAAGUUCAAAUUCCAAGAUAAUUUUCAGGCAUUUUGAAUUUCUUUUAUUGCAUUAUUGUAAUGUAUAAAAUUGUAUAGUAAAUCUCUAAGAUUUUUAAUCAAAUUAUAUUACUCAAGGAUAAUCUUAGAGUAUGAUUAAUUUAUUACUAGAAUGAUAUAUCAUGGAAUACAAGCCAUGAAUAUUGGACUGCGAAAGAAAAAAAACGAGUAUUACAUCGAGAGCUAUAAAUAAAUCUUUGAAAAAAUUAAGUGCGUGCAUACGUCAACAAAGGUCGUCAAUGUGAAAAGGGGAUGGACGUUGAUUGUAGGCGUUUGAAUGAUUCUUUUCUUGAAGGAGAUGUUGCAUAUUCAGCAAAGUGAAAUUUGAGCAUUUUGAGUACAACAGUUUUAGGUUUUGGUCUUGAGUUACAUAACGCGUACAUGAUUUGGGAAACACCUUUUCCAAACACGAAACACUAAUUUCAAUCAUCCCAAAUAUAGAAUAUUAUUUUCUGGGAGAAUAAUUUUGCAGAGGCGAAAUCACAAAGUGUAAUUUAAAAAAUGUAUUCAUCAACAUUUUUGAAGUGACACGAAAGCUAUGUCUUACACACCCUUUUACUCGGCACACAAUCACUGCAAUAAUUGUGUUAGUAUUACUAGGCCUAUCAUUUCCCAUUAUGCUCAGUUUGUCUGAAUACUGUGGACAUGUUUUUGCAAAACAAAUAUUUCUUUCUUAGUCAGUUACUGUCAAUUUCUAAUUCGGUAGCAAACAUUCCAAAGUUACGUUCCAGAGAGUGUUUCAUAACGCAGUUCAUAAUUUAUGAAUUAAGAAUUAAACGACCUACUACAUAAAGUACUAAUGUCUGAGCCCAAUCUUUCAAUCCAAUUUAUUUACAUUCUCAAUAAGAGCAUAGAAAACAUGCACAAGAUAUAUUAGUAAAACUUUGUCACAACAUCCAAAUAACAUAUUUAUGAGAAUGAGGGGCCAACAAAAAAGAGCAAAUAGCCUUAUGGAACGUUUACCCAACAUCUAAGACAAAAAUAAUAACUGCUGAUGUUAUAACCUGUUUACUGAUUUUAUGACAAAAUUUCACUACAUGUCACCCGAUUUCAUUAAACAUGUGGAAAAGAGCAUACUUUUGCAUUAGAGUUUGUUUACAAUGCGAAUAUUGAUCAACAUCUUAUUUAAACUUCAAAGAAUACUACUAUAAGCUACUAUAAGUGAUUAAGAUAUUUUGUUUUUAAUAUUCCAUUCGAUCACAUGGUCCUUUAUAACUUUACACACAGCUUCAUGAAACACCCUUAUAGUGACAAUCACAAGUGACACUGAUUUAAAACCAAUUAAUCUCUUUGUAUUUGAAGAGAGGGAGCGGGAAGAUUUUGGCUUGUAAAUACAUUGUCAUGUAUGUGAAAUAAUUUCUUAGGCCUGAAUCACAUGUGGAAUCGAUAUUCUUGAAAUUCUAGGAGUUGUAGAUUUUGUGCAUUGUUUAAAUAUGUAUGUUAAGAGUGUGUUUCCAAGUCUAAUUAUCUAUUAAAAAAGAAAAAAAAAACAUCAUUCCAUAUUUAUUAAAAAGCUUUUUAUUUUGAAUUUAAUCGUUCACACUGCAGUAUUCAUUCAUGCAUACUAUAUUUCUGUCUUAGUAGACAGUUACGAUGACUCUAAUGUAAAAUAAAAUUAUGCUAAAUUUUCAUGUUGAUUGUUUAUCUGUUAAUUACUGUAUCAUGCAUUCGUGCUGUUUGUAUUCUAUUGCUAUAGAACAAUUUUCCCUGUUCGACAUUUAAAUAUGAAUUGAAUUCAGAUUUAAUACCAUUGCAAGCAUGUACAUAGAUUUUACAUGUUAACCGUUUUUUCAUUAAACUCUAUAUUGAUUUUUUUUUUUCAUGAAAAAAUCCCAGAACUUUCUGCAUUAAAUUUCAGAGGAAAACUUAAGCGGUU